UGAAGACAUUUCAUUAGAACGUAUUAGAAUUCACAAUGAGUUGGGACGAUGAUGACUUUGAGGUUCCAGCAACCUCCAAUGCCAAAGUUGCAGAGAGCUGGGAUGACGACUUUGCAGCUGACGACGAUGACGUUUUAGAAUCAUGGGACGCUGAGGAGGUGGAAGAGAAGCCAAAGCCAAAGCCAAAGGCCAAGGCCUCCACCACGGCGAAGUCUAGUGCAAAGACCGCUGGUAAGAAGGUAAUAACCUCCGAACUCGAUUCUGUUGAUGAAAAGACUCGUAAAGAACUACAGAGAAAGGCGGAGUUGGAAGCCGAUCUCAACAACGCUGCAGAUCUCUUUGGUGGAUUAGGAUUGAACGAACAUCCACGUGAGAAGGCGUUGAAAGCAGCAGCUGAGGCCAAAGCACAAGAACAGAAGCUGACCAUUGACACUCCGCUAUCAGCACACCCAAUUUUCAACCCAGAGACCAAGCAAGAUUACGAAAAGUUGAGAAAGGCAUUAACCACUGAGAUGAAUAGACUGGCUGAACAGAGCUCUCUGAACUAUGCCUCUUCAUUGGCAAUCGAUCUUACGAGAGAUAUGUGUAAGCCUAUGGCUACUGAGAACAUAAGAAAGGUCAUCUCCACCCUUAACGUUGUCCUUAAGGAUAAGGAGAGAGCUGAAAGACAGGCCAGAUUGUCCAAAGCUGGAGGUACAGCCACUGGAGGAGCCGGUAAGAAGAAGGCUAAAGCUGCAAAGCCAAACCUCGGUGGUGCAUUCAAGAAGGAUCAAGAUAUUGUCGUUGAUAACUAUGAUGAUUUUGCUGACGACGACUUUAUG